AUGUCGGAUGCGGAGGAAAAGCCCAUUUUGACACUCAGGACCUGUCGGUUAUACGCAGAGGACGUUGCCCUCUUUCGUCCUGCUCAGUGGCUCAACGAUGCGUGCAUCUCGUUUUUUUUCGAAGCUCUGCAGGCUGCAGCUGAGUUGUACUUCAUGGCCAGGGCCUGCCAUGAGAACCAGACGAUAGCGGAAGGAAUAGCGCGCUGGCUAGCCGAAGGCAUUGAACCACUUAGCGAGAAGAAUGAAGAACUGCUGCGCUGUAAGCUGGGACUGAGCAGCCCAGCGUGUCAACCCUCUGCAGGCGAGCCCGCGUCGUGUAACGUGACGUCUAGGCAAGAAGAGCACUCCGAGGCGUUAUUGUCUUUGGACUUGACAGAACAGGACGAGGCACAGGUGUGUUCUCCCAUUCUGUUUGUCGAUCCGUGUGUGGCCUUUUGGGUCUCAAUGUGUACUGAUGAGUCUGAAGUACAGGACACCCUUGAAAAUUUGCAUAUACCACGCCGGUCAGUGGUAGUAUGGCCCAUCACCGACCACCAGGAUCCCUCAACCGUGGGAGGCACACACUGGACAUUGCUAAUUCAAAUAGUGUGUAACAGAGCGGUGAACAGAAAUGCAACGGCCCAAAACGAUUACAAUGCACACGAUCCGGUACAACUGCUCAGCGGUUACCAGUAUUUUCACUUCGACAGCAUUGGCCACAACUGCCAGCAAUCACGCGGUAAUCUGGCUGCUGCAAGACGGCUUCAGGCACUGCUAGGUCGGUUUGUGAAGAUCUCCACCUCAACAGACUCCCCCCCGGCUGGAGACCACGACAGAUCAGAUAGAACACCGAUCCCGCUGCGUUGCACGCCACCUCAGAGCAACGCGUCCGACUGUGGAGUGCACUGUUUGCUAUUUGCGGAGAGACUUCUACAACUGGUGGUCAAAAAGGAUCGUGACUUCUUCAAAGGAAAGGAUAACUCUGGCGACCGGCGUUCGAAACAGACGACGCCGUCUGUCGACGUAGAGACCGGUCCACUAUACCCGGAACUUCCGUUUGACGUAUCAUGGUUUUCGUUGCCCGAUCUCCAAAGGUUCGAGCCUUCAGUUCUGGCUGCCCGGAGACGUGGCGCAAUCUUGCUGGUCAAUAAGCUGACUCAAAGAGGCGGUGGCUGCUGA